UCACGUGACGCGCUCCAACAUGGCGGCGCCGUGGGGCCGCGGCGUCGCUUCCUGACGGGGCGGUGCGGAUGGACGCGGCGGGUGCCGGCCGGGACGCCGGGCCCGCAGCCUCGUUGGGCCACUCGCUCGUGCCGCCGGCCCGCGGGGCUGCCAGCCCCCGCCGGGCUGGGGCCAUGCAGGAGAGCCAGACCAAGAGCAUGUUCGUGUCCCGGGCCCUGGAGAAGAUCCUAGCCGACAAGGAGGUGAAGCGGCCCCAGCACUCCCAGCUGCGCAGGGCCUGCCAGGUGGCGCUCGAUGAAAUUAAAGCAGAAAUAGAAAAGCAGAGGCUUGGCACUGCUGCACCACCAAAGGCAAACUUCAUUGAAGCUGACAAGUAUUUCCUUCCGUUUGAGCUAGCUUGCCAGUCCAAGUCCCCACGGGUGGUCAGCACGUCCCUCGACUGCCUGCAGAAACUCAUCGCAUAUGGGCACAUCACCGGCAACGCCCCCGACAGCGGAGCCCCGGGGAAGCGGCUGAUUGACAGGAUCGUUGAAACCAUUUGCAAUUGUUUUCAGGGCCCUCAGACUGAUGAAGGAGUCCAGUUACAAAUAAUUAAGGCUCUCCUGACUGCAGUGACGUCCCCGCACAUUGAGAUUCACGAGGGCACUAUCCUGCAGACGGUUAGGACGUGUUACAAUAUCUAUUUGGCCAGCAAAAAUCUCAUCAAUCAAACCACUGCCAAGGCUACCCUCACGCAGAUGCUGAAUGUCAUUUUCACCCGCAUGGAAAACCAAGUGUUGCAGGAGGCCAGAGAAUUGGAAAAGACAGUCCAGUCGAAACCCCAGUCCCCUGUGAUCCAAGCUGCAGCAGGGUCCCCAAAGUUCAGUCAUUUGAAGCAGAGCCCGGCACAAAGCAAACCAACAACUCCUGAAAAGACAGAUGUAGCCAACAGUGAGCAUGCCAGGAGUCAUCCUGGAAAAGUAAGCUCGGAGAACGGAGACGCGCCCAGAGAGAGAGGCUCAUCGCUGUCAGGGACUGAUGAUGGAGCCCAGGAAGUGGUGAAGGAGAUCUUAGAAGAUGUGGUCACGUCCGCUGUUAAAGAAGCAGCACAAAAGCACAGUCUGAUAGACCCCGAGACAGCCCUUGGCGAACUGGAGGGCCAGGAAUGUGCUGUCCCACCAGCAGUGGACGAAAACUCACAGACCAAUGGGAUAGCAGAUGACAGGCAGUCCCUGUCAUCAGCAGAUAACCUGGAACCGGACACACAAGGGCAUCAGGUGGCCGCUAGGUUCUCUCACACUCUGCAGAAAGACGCCUUCCUUGUGUUUCGCUCCCUUUGCAAGCUGUCCAUGAAGCCCCUUGGCGAAGGCCCCCCAGAUCCAAGGUCCCACGAGCUGCGCUCCAAGGUGGUUUCCCUGCAGCUGCUCCUGUCCGUGCUGCAGAACGCCGGCCCAGUCUUCAGGACCCACGAGAUGUUCAUCAACGCCAUCAAGCAGUACCUCUGCGUGGCGUUGUCCAAAAACGGCGUCUCCUCCGUGCCUGAUGUCUUUGAGCUCUCUCUGGCCAUUUUUCUUACUCUUCUUUCAAACUUCAAAAUGCACUUGAAAAUGCAGAUAGAGGUCUUUUUCAAAGAGAUUUUCCUGAACAUUUUAGAAACGUCAACCAGUUCUUUUGAGCACAGGUGGAUGGUCAUUCAGACUCUGACGAGGAUCUGCGCAGAUGCCCAGUGUGUUGUAGAUAUUUAUGUCAACUACGACUGUGAUUUAAAUGCUGCUAACAUUUUCGAACGCCUCGUAAAUGAUUUAUCCAAAAUCGCUCAGGGAAGAAGUGGACAUGAGCUGGGAAUGACACCUCUUCAGGAGCUCAGUCUGAGGAAGAAAGGCCUGGAGUGCCUCGUGUCCAUUCUCAAGUGCAUGGUGGAGUGGAGCAAAGACCUGUACGUGAACCCCAACCACCAGACCAGCCUCGGUCAGGAGAGGCCCACAGAUCCGGAUAUGGGGGAUGGGAAAGGCCUCGACAUGGCGAGACGGAGCAGCGUGACAUCCAUGGAGUCCACGGUGUCCUCAGGGACCCAGACGGCUGUCCAGGAUGAUCCUGAGCAGUUUGAGGUCAUCAAGCAACAGAAAGAGAUCAUUGAACACGGCAUUGAGCUGUUCAACAAGAAACCCAAGAGAGGGAUCCAGUUUCUCCAGGAGCAGGGCAUGCUGGGAACAUCAGUUGAAGAGAUUGCCCAAUUCCUGCACCAGGAGGAGCGUCUAGAUUCUACCCAAGUAGGUGAUUUUCUGGGAGACAGCACCAAGUUCAACAAGGAGGUGAUGUACGCCUAUGUGGACCAACUUGACUUCUGUGAAAAGGAGUUUGUCUCGGCCCUUCGGGCCUUUCUAGAAGGUUUCCGCCUUCCCGGGGAGGCCCAGAAGAUUGAUCGGUUAAUGGAGAAGUUUGCUGCACGAUACAUAGAGUGCAACCAGGGGCAAACUCUGUUUGCUAGUGCUGACACUGCGUACGUCCUCGCAUACUCGAUUAUCAUGCUAACCACAGACUUGCACAGCCCUCAGGUAAAAAAUAAAAUGACAAAAGAACAGUAUAUUAAAAUGAAUCGGGGCAUCAAUGAUAGUAAAGACCUGCCAGAAGAAUAUCUCUCCAGCAUCUAUGAAGAGAUAGAAGGCAAGAAGAUUGCAAUGAAGGAAACGAAAGAACACACAAUCGCAGCCAAAUCCACUAAGCAGAGUGUAGCUAGUGAAAAGCAGCGGCGGCUACUGUACAAUUUGGAGAUGGAGCAAAUGGCUAAAACAGCCAAAGCUCUGAUGGAGGCUGUGAGCCACGCCAAAGCCCCAUUCACGAGUGCCACUCACUUGGACCACGUUCGGCCAAUGUUCAAACUGGUGUGGACACCACUGCUGGCCGCCUACAGCAUCGGACUGCAGAACUGCGACGACACUGAGGUGGCCUCGCUGUGCUUGGAGGGCAUCCGGUGCGCGAUCCGGAUCGCCUGCAUCUUCGGGAUGCAGCUGGAACGAGACGCCUACGUUCAGGCUCUUGCUCGCUUCUCCCUGCUGACGGCCAGCUCCAGCAUCACAGAAAUGAAGCAGAAGAACAUCGACACCAUAAAGACGCUUAUCACAGUGGCUCACACUGACGGCAACUACCUAGGGAAUUCCUGGCACGAGAUCUUGAAAUGCAUCAGCCAGCUGGAGCUCGCCCAACUCAUAGGGACCGGUGUGAAGACGCGCUACCUGUCCGGGGCUGGGCGUGAAAGAGAAGGAAGCCUGAAGGGCUACACGUUGGCCGGAGAAGAGUUCAUGGGCCUCGGCCUCGGUAACCUGGUGAGUGGCGGAGUGGACAAGAGACAGAUGGCCAGUUUCCAGGAGUCGGUUGGGGAGACCAGCUCGCAGAGUGUGGUCGUGGCCGUAGACAGAAUUUUUACUGGAUCUACGAGACUGGAUGGAAAUGCAAUAGUUGACUUUGUCCGCUGGCUGUGCGCCGUGUCCAUGGAUGAGCUGGCUUCCCCCCACCACCCCCGCAUGUUCAGCCUGCAGAAGAUUGUGGAGAUCUCGUACUACAACAUGAACCGGAUCCGACUGCAGUGGUCCCGGAUAUGGCACGUGAUUGGAGACCACUUCAAUAAGGUUGGCUGCAACCCUAACGAAGACGUGGCUAUCUUUGCUGUGGACUCGUUAAGGCAACUCUCCAUGAAGUUUCUGGAGAAGGGAGAAUUAGCCAACUUCCGUUUCCAGAAAGAUUUUCUGAGGCCCUUUGAGCAUAUCAUGAAGAAAAACAGGUCGCCGACCAUCCGGGACAUGGUGAUCCGCUGCAUCGCCCAGAUGGUGAACUCCCAGGCGGCCAACAUCCGCUCGGGCUGGAAGAACAUCUUCGCCGUGUUCCACCAGGCCGCCGCAGACCACGAUGGGAACAUCGUGGAGCUGGCCUUCCAGACCACGGGCCACAUUGUCACAACCAUUUUCCAGCACCAUUUCCCUGCAGCCAUCGAUUCCUUUCAGGACGCCGUGAAGUGCUUGUCGGAGUUCGCCUGCAACGCCGCUUUCCCGGACACCAGCAUGGAAGCCAUCCGGCUCAUCCGCUUCUGCGCGAAAUACGUCUCCGAGAGGCCGCGGGUGCUACAGGAGUACACAAGCGAUGACAUGAACGUGGCUCCCGGUGACAGAGUCUGGGUCCGAGGCUGGUUCCCCAUCCUGUUUGAGCUCUCCUGCAUCAUCAAUAGGUGCAAGCUAGACGUGCGGACAAGAGGACUCACAGUCAUGUUCGAGAUCAUGAAGAGCUAUGGCCACACCUUUGAAAAGCACUGGUGGCAGGACCUGUUCAGAAUCGUGUUCAGGAUUUUUGACAACAUGAAGCUGCCAGAGCAACAGUCGGAGAAAUCAGAGUGGAUGACAACAACUUGCAAUCACGCACUUUAUGCUAUUUGUGAUGUAUUUACCCAGUUCUACGAAGCGUUGAAUGAAGUUCUUCUUUCUGAUAUAUUUGCACAGUUGCAGUGGUGUGUAAAACAAGAUAAUGAGCAGUUGGCUCGGUCAGGUACAAACUGCUUAGAAAAUUUAGUGAUAUCCAAUGGAGAAAAAUUCAGUCCUGACGUCUGGGAUAAAACAUGCAGCUGUAUGAUGGAUAUUUUCAAAACAACCAUUCCACACGUUUUGCUGACGUGGAGGCCUGCAGGCAUGGAGGAGGAUUCACCAGAAAAGCACCUGGAUGUGGAUCUGGACCUGCAGUCUCUAAGCAGCGUCGAUAAAAACGCCUCCGAGAGGGGCCAGAGCCAGCUCUCCAACCCCACGGAUGAGAGCUGGAAAGGUAGACCGUACGCAAAUCAGAAACUGUUUGCCAGCCUCCUCAUCAAGUGUGUGGUCCAGUUGGAAUUGAUACAGACCAUUGACAAUAUCGUGUUCUACCCGGCAACAAGCAAAAAGGAAGAUGCAGAGCACAUGGUGGCUGCCCAGCAAGACACGCUGGAUACGGACAUCCACAUAGAGACGGAGGAUCGGGGCAUGUACAAGUGCAUGUCUUCCCAGCACCUCUUCAAGCUGUUGGACUGCUUGCAGGAGUCCCACUCAUUCUCAAAAGCCUUCAAUUCCAAUUACGAGCAGCGGACUGUCCUGUGGCGAGCAGGUUUUAAGGGCAAGUCUAAGCCCAAUCUUCUAAAACAAGAAACCAGCAGCCUGGCCUGUUGUCUGAGGAUCCUGUUCCGAAUGUAUGUUGAUGAGAACCGCAGGGAUUCCUGGGAAGAAAUACAGCAGCGACUUUUAAACGUGUGCAGUGGAGCCCUUGCCUAUUUCAUCACGGUGAACUCGGAAAGCCAUCGGGAGGCCUGGACAAGUCUCCUGCUGUUACUGCUAACAAAAACCCUCAAAAUAAACGAUGAAAAGUUCAAAGCACAUGCUUCAAAGUACUACCCCUACUUGUGUGAAAUCAUGCAGUUUGACCUGAUUCCUGAGCUUCGAGCCGUUCUGCGGAAGUUCUUCCUACGGAUAGGUGUUGUGUUUAAGAUAUGGAUUCCAGAAGAGCCAUCACAGGUGCCAGGGACCCUGUCACCAACGUGGUAGCCCUGGCCCCUGCGGGACCCUGCUGCUUCUCUGCAGAAUGUCCACCAUGCCACCUCUGCCCGGCACUCGUCUCCUGAAGGAGCAGCUCAUGGAAACAAGGAGUCAGCAUCUUGGAGCCCGGAAUGGUCUGGAUAAAGAUGGCCUCUGCGCUGGUCCCCGUAGAGCCCCUGACCGAGGCGUGGGGUUAAAUGGCUGCACACCCAGCCGACGCAGUAGGUGGGGGGUCUGUCUCAUCUCUGUCAUUCCAUUUUACUGCUUGAACUGUCUGUCGGACCCGUCGCUGCACACGCUGGCCUCUCCCAGGAAAGUCCUGCGACUGCCUGUGAGAGUCUCGUCGGAGGAGCUGCUCCGAGAAGAUACUGGACACGGCUGUGUAGGUUUGUGGUUGUUAGAGAGUCUGUUAAUAAAAUUUCUUGUAACGGCGAAGCGCCACCUAAAACAUGCUGGGUUUGUGUCGUGUGAGUGUGUUACAGAAGUGGGAGUGUCCUUGUCGGUGGUGAGUCCGCUGUAGUUAGAGUAGUCGGGGAAAGGUAGGGGACAGAAGGGUUUUCUUCUCCCAUUUCAUUUUUGUCUGAGUGAUUUUUAAAGUAUUUUACAAAAAUAUAUUAUUGAAGAUUUGAUUGAAGGCAGAGUUUAGUAAGUAAGUUAGAAUUAAGAGCUUGCAAGGUUAAAGAAAAUGCAGUGCCUCCUGAUUCUCCGUUUUAGGAACUUGGGGAGAAAACAUCUACAGGAAAAAGUAAAAAAAAUGAAUGAGAAUGAUUAGCCUUCCUGGAAGUAUUUGUGGUGGGUGGGUAUUAAAUUAAAAUUUCUAGAACACAUUGUCCAUCUCACACCCCAAAAUCUAAUAUAUGAAAGUAGUAACAAAAAGGAAGUAGUAAUUUAAUGGAGUUAAUUUAUAUUUGAGUGAACUUGUUCCUUUUACCUCAGAAUAGUGAGGGUACCAAUUGUUAGUAUCCCUGCUCUGCACGGGCCCCACCCAAGGGCCCUCGAGAGAGGGUUGGGGGCGUGCGCGAGAAGGGUGGCUUUGCGAACCUCCUCAGGCACAUGUCGUGUGUCAGACUAGAGCACAGCUGAUCUGUGACCUUGGCAGGAGGUGACAUGUGCCCAGUGCUUCUGUUAAUCUGAGCUGAGGAGCUGAAUUCUUUGCAAGGUUAGAUUCCGAGGCCCUUUUUAUGUUAAUGAUGGUGCAAUAUUUGUAGCUGCAGAAGUGAAUACUGAUGCACCUUAUGCAAAAGUGGGCGGUAUACAAACGUGGCCCGAAGCCUGCAAGCACUGUAUCUGGAAGUUAAUUUAUUCUGAGUCCAGGAGAGAGAGAACACACUCUCCAUUCUCUGCCCUCAUCCUCUGCUCGCCUAGAGCAGCAUUCAGCACUAGCAGAAGUGUUAACACAGAGUUGUUAAAGCAUUCAGACUUCUACCUAUGUCCUUUAGUCCUGUAAUUGGAUUGUAUUGUUGUCAACUCUGGUGCCUUAGAAGUUAGUAAGUUGGGAACCUAUCUAUAAAAUCAAAUUAUUUUUUUUUUUAUAGAGAAGGAUUUCUGGUGCUUUUGUUUACCAAGAAACCAAUUUCUUAAAUGUUUUUGUUUUUAAUGGCCUUGAGAAAUGUUUGGUUCGGGCCAGCAGUAUGUUGUCUACUUUUCUUUCCCUAAAAGUGUUUUCAUUUCUUUACCAAAGAAAAAAAAGCAAGUUUAUGUUUCUACGUUAUUUACAUACACUUAGGAGGGGCUAUAUAACUUAGCAGGAAGGGACCUCGGGAGAGUAUUUUACUGUGAAUGGAGAAUGUUAGCACACUUGACUGACUGGUCUUGGAUCCAGUACACCUUGACCCCGCAUCGUGGAGGCUGUGUUCUAAGACUUGACUCCCUGGUCCUGUGGUUCGUCACAGCCUCAGCAGGUCAGCCAUCCCCACCGACGUUUGUAUUCAAGGUGGAAAUGGGGGCACGCGUGUCUGUUACGUUUUCUGUACAGCUGCAUUCCUGAUUGAGAUUUUUCCUUUCCUUCAGAGGUUGUCAUGUCACAUUUUCUUCAUCAAAGGUGAGUGCAGGACUUUACCAGUAUAUUCCUGCCUCCUCUUUAAUUUUUGUCUCCUUUUGCAGAGUAAGAAAUGCUAUAGCACACUUUGUUACAUGCCAAAACAUUCAGGUUUCAUUUCUUUUUAACUUUGUCUUUUAAAUGAUUCAGUUUUAUGAAUGAGGCAUUUGAAUUGUACCAGCACGGACUUUUAAAAACUGGAUGUAAAACCGUUUGGGGUGGUUUUUCUCAUCGGCGGACUGGACCUGCAGAAGCAGUCCCUUGCCUCCAGUAAUAAGCCAUUCGGCCUGAAUCCGCUUAGUGAGUAACUCUGUUUUGUCUCCUGAUCCACGCUGCUCGUGCCCCUCAAACACUAGUGACGGUGUGUGUGACUCGGCAGUACCACACCAGGACCCCACCUGUUAUUAACAAAGUCCAGGGAGAAGAGAGAAGCAUUUCCAAGGCCUUAUUUCUUUCUCAGAAUGCUUUACGUGUUGGUUAUAUGUGCUAGGUCUCUAGAGAGUUUUUAUUUGUUACAGUACUGCUGCUUUGAGCGAUUUUGUUUUUCUUCAUUGUCCUUUAUGGAAAUCACCAGCUUUGGUAUCUUAACAACAAACAGGUGGGAGAUGUUAUUUCAAAAAUGCAUCUUCAGACUCAAACACACUUUUUCCCUGAUACUCCUCGCGUACAACCAAAGAACAUAUGCUAUGGGAAUUGUAUAACAUCUGGAAACACAGCAUUUUCCCCUGACAGGUGACUUUUGUACAAGACGCAAAGAAAAAAAACCCUGAGGUUUUUUGUUCUUUUGUGAUUAUGGCUAUACAUUUAGUAGUCUUUAAUAGUUAUUAAAGGAGCCUGUAACACAAGUAUGACCAUCGUGUUCAAAUGUUUGUUGUUAUGAUGCAAAUGGAUAUUGGUUUAAACAGACGCUGGACUCUUGAUACUGCAUUUUCUGAAUUCUCUUCCCAUAUUUGUGUUACGGUAGACAUAUCUGAAACGCACAUCCUGGAGUUUUCUGUCAGCAGCUUUGUAGUUUGGGAAACAAAGAAACCAAAGCUGAGUAUUUAAAAGAAUGAAUAUAUCUGGAAAUCCUUGCUUUCCAAAAAAGACACUCAUCAAAGGUGUAGUUUUCCUCAGUGUUCUAAUUUUUAAAAAAUUUUAUCUGCAUAUUUGCAUCAAAUAUUUCUUUAUGUGCAAAAUGUAUGUUUUACCUCCUUAAAAUGCCUAAGCGUUAAUAGCUACUUUUGUUUAAUCUAUACAUGAUGAUUAAGUGCAUUUAAUAUUGGUAAUUUAAUGAAAAGCAUUCCUUGCCCAAUGGAUGUAUACAUUUUUGAAAGAA